UCAUUUCCCAACGCAGAAUAAUUUGGCUUUGUAAAGGCAGUGGAGGUGCAGAGAGAGUGAUUGUCGAAAUUAAGCGAAAGCGUUUAUGAUUGGAAAGUAAACGGCAACGAUGAGCUGUGGCGCCGGCGAGGCCUCCAACUCCAAAAGUAGGGGAAGGUUGGAGCUGAUCAUAAACGACGACAUACUGGAGAUGAUUCUAGAGAAGCUACCGGCGUUGUCGUUCGCAUCAGCGGCGUGCGUUAGCAAAAGUUGGAACAAAGUUUGCAAUCACAUCCUCUCUUCCCCGAAGCUCUCUUCUGCUCUUUCUUACUCUUUCAACCCCUCCACCUAUAUUGAUGGUGUGCAAGAGGUUCUUCAUAAGGUGCUCUCCAAGCCGAUUCGACCUCAUUUUGCUAUUGCAAGUAUAGGCUACAAACACAAACAUGUCGAGGCUUUUAAGCUUAUAACAAAGAGAUUGGGUCAGAGUACUCCAUUAAUUAUUACUGUUGCUAGCGGAAUAAUCGGAAGAGAUGCUCUUACCAAUGAAUUUAGAGAGGUCAAAUGGAAAGAUAUUGCUGGUGAUUCAGACGAGGAAUUUGGUGGGUACAUAGGGAAUAGAUAUAAUAGGAUUGCUUUGACUGUUGGCUAUGUACCAGGAUUAAAAGUCGAUGCUGUCUCACUUCGACAAUCAGUAAGGGUGACAACUUUGGCACUGAAAAAUGAAUCUCUUCAAGUAGUGGUGCUUGACAAGUUUGUGAAGCAUAUUAGGGAUUACACAGCAACUGUUUUGGCAUCUUCAGACCCAGCUGGGAUUAUAAUGUUUGGAGAAGGACCUGUGGACUUGAAACCCUUUAUUGAUGUGUUGGGUACUGGAUGGCUUCCUUUGGUCUGUGAAAGAUUUAUACUAUUACCAGUGACUUGGGGAAGAGCGAUAAGUGGCAAGUUCAUGAUUUAAUCGAUGACAACUCAUGUAUGGCAAACUAUGCCAUGCCAAGGAAAACUGUCAUUGUGGGUGCUGAGAGAGGCCGCUUUCUAAUUUCUAUACAGGUGUGGGACUGAAACUAGAAAUGUUUGGGGGAGUACAAAAUGUUUAUCAGAUGCUGCAGCUCUAGUAUUUGCAAGGAACAAGACAAGUCUAGUGGUAUUUAUUUUUGUGUUUAUUUAUGCAGCACUCUUCAAAUUUUGUCCCAUAUAAAUUGAUAUUACAUUUGCUAGCAUGCACGCUUUAUAUUUUUAGGUC